ACUUGAGCGCUAAAGCACGUGCUGAGACGGUGCGGUGCGCGUUCUUUGCCGAUUAUUUUUUUUGUUUAUCUCCGAAGUGCGGACUGAACUUUGCCAAUUGCUGUGAAUGUGGAAAAGUGCCAGCAGACUUUUUGGAUGCAGUUUCUCGAAACUGAGGAAUGACCAGCAGCCAGCUUCAAUCUAAUCGACAAGGCGCAAAUCAAAUGAAGCCGAAAUAAUGGAUUCGCUCAAGAAACUGGUGAUUCUGCUUGUUUUGAAUCAUGCCACAUUUGGUUGCCAGUUUUACCCACAAGGGGAGUAUCUGCGAUUUGUGCGCGUUCCUGAGAACUUGAAGGUGGGCGACGAAGUACUCAGGGUGGAAGUCCAUCCCAGAAAUGGCCUCAACUUGCUGCCAGUGGACAAGAAUGAAGAUGUGAACUAUUUCACCUAUCGGGACUUGAACAAAACGACCGUGGCCGUUCUUCUGGCCAAAUCCCUGGAAGACUUGGUGGACCGGCACACGCCAAGAAACGUGCUCAAGUUCAAACUCAGCUGCGAUUUCCAUGAUGGCGAGGACACAAUAACUUCCUCCUUAUCCAUCACCGUCUAUGUCGAAGACAUCAACGAUCACUCUCCAGUCUUUAUCGGGGCGCCGUAUCAAGUCGAAGUCGAUGAGCUCUUUCCCGUUGGUUUGACCCUGUUUAGGGGUAUCAGGGCAAUCGACCAGGACAAACCAAACACCCCGAAUUCGGAUGUGCAAUUUGCAAUCAUCGCCGGCAACGAGCGAGGCAAAUUCGCGCUGGAAAGCAGCCAACAGCCUGACGUUCUUUUGCGCAAAAGUCUGGACUUUGAUGCGGGAGACCGCGACUUUCUACUCACAGUUGCAGCCACCGAUCGUGGAUCGCCGUCCAAAAGCUCCAACGCCACCAUUCGGAUCAAAAUCAGCGACAAUGACGACCUGCCGCCCAAAUUCACCAAGGGCGUCUACAGGACGAGGAUCCACGAAUUCUACCCCAUCACCGGCGCCAAAAUCCACGAAAUGCUCACUUUCCAACCGGCGAUCUUCGCCUUCGAUCAAGACUUUGCCAUCGAUACGCCCAUUCGAUACGACAUAAUCGCGGGCAAUGAGCGCCAUCUCUUCUACCUAGAUCACGUCAAUGCCUCCCUGUUUCUGGAGCGGGAAAUCGAUCUGGAUGGCGAACGCUCCCUGCCAGGGAACACGUUUGUUCUGCAAAUACAGGCCUCUCAAGUGGACAAUCCGUUGAAAACCGGGCUGGCACGCGCGGAGAUCGAAGUCAUCGAUCUCAACGACAAUUUGCCGGAGUUUGAAGUAGACUUUUACAACAUCAGCAUAGUAGAGAACUUGCCCAAUGGCUUCAGUGUGUUGCAAAUCAUGGCCACUGAUCAGGAUCAGGGCGACAAUGCGGACUUCUCCUACCAGCUGGACGAUAAGAGCGGCGCCUUCAGUCUGGAUGCGCGCUCUGGAUGGCUGACGGUGAGGAACCAAACCGUGCUGGACAGAGAGCAACGGGCCGCCAUCCAGAUGAAAGUGUCCGCCAAGGAAAAGGUUCCCAAUGUCGUGACCAAUGAGGGCGAGUCUUCGGUUAGUAUCGAAGUCACCCUGUUGGACGCCAACGACAACAACCCGACAUUCAUCCCCACCAACCUCUACGACUUCACGACAACCACCAAGGCCAGAAAGGGCGCAGUCGUCGGACAAAUCCAUGCAAUUGACCCAGACCUGGCCAGGAACGGCAUGGUUUUAUACGCCCUGCAAAGCGGCUCCAACAACACCGACUUCUUCAGCGUGGAGCCGAAGUCUGGAAAAAUCCUGGUCGCCAAUAGCUCGCUGCUUUCGGGCAAACAUUUGCUUUUCAUCGAGGCCGCGGACCAACCAGUCAACCCCAGCGAGCGCCGAACUUCGCUGGCUGUUGUUACCAUCGAUGUGAAAAGCUACAAAGGUGACAACGACUAUCCAGAGUUCAUUGGGGCGCCCUACGAGUUCUGGGUGGGCGCAAACGUGGGCAUUGGCACCAGUAUUGGUCAGCUGCGCGUCACCGAUAUGCCCGAUAGGAGUCAGCUUUCCUUCGACCUGCUCCACAGCUACCACGAAGGGGUGCCUUUUGCUGUAGAGGAAAAAUCCGGGGUGCUCACAGUGGUGGACGAGCUGAAGAAGUUCACGCGACUAAACUACGACUUUGAGGGCGUGGCCAGCAAUGAGAGGGACGUCUCCUUGAUCACCAACGUCACUCUUCAUGUGGUGGAUCCGAAGGACGAAAAGACCAUCCUGAUGAGGACCGGGAACGCCCCCAUCGAGUUCCACGUGAAGGAAAACCAACCGAACAUCCUGAUUGGGAAGCUGGGCUUCAAAAACAACCAGACCAGCAGCGUGAAGUUUUCCAUCGCAAAUCAAAAGGACGUUACCGAUAUGAUCGCGAUCACCUCCGAUGGAACCCUUCACACGCUGCAGUCUCUUGACCGCGAAUCCAGGGAUGUCUAUCGACUCACUGUUAUUGCAGAGUAUCAUAAAGGAAGCGCCCUGGGAUCAGGAAUCUACCAGGUGACCAUCAUAGUGGACGACGAGAACGACAACAAGCCCCUUUUCGAGCGAAGCAGCUACGAGGGCAAGAUCCAGGAGAACUGCAAGUCUGGCACUGAGGUCGACCUGAACUUCCCCAUCCAUGUAACGGACAAGGACAGUGGAGACAAUGGCCAGUUCACGGUCACAAUCUUCGGGAGCGGCAGCGAAAUCUUCCGCCUGGACAAAAACACGGGAAAAAUUAAAUUCAUCAGCUCCAGCGCGCCUCUGGAUCGCGAAACUACCAGCGCCUACAACCUGAGGCUGGUGGCCAAAGACAAAGGAGGACUCCACAGCGAGGCCAAGUUGACCAUUCAAGUGGAGGACGAGAACGACAAUGCGCCCUCUUUCAACGAAAUCGACGUCUACACUGGAAGGGGCCUGAAAGUUCUGGAAUACGAUCGCGACUCCAACCGGGUGACUCACUUUGAGGAACAACCAGGCAACGACACCACCAGGCUCGUUCUGACUCAAACGUAUCUUCGGGCAAAGAAGCCGCGGCAGAAAUCCUCCCCAGUGAUAUCUGUGCCAGAGGACGUGGGAAUUGGCAGCGCCAUUCUGAAAGUGCUGGCGCUUGAUCGCGAUUCCGCAGAAAACGCUGUAGUUAAAUACGAAGUCGUCUCGGAAACCUUUGUGCCCAGUCAGCGCUCUUCAGAGCCCUUCCAUCUGAUCCAGUACUUCAUGCUGCAUCCCAGUAGCGGUGAGCUUUCCGUAGCUAGAUCGCUGCCUCCUGAGUCGGACUUCCUCCUGAACAUCUCCGCAACCGACAAAGGCCUGCUCAGGGACCAUUUGCAGGUGAAACUGCGAGUGAAAGACGUCAACGACCAUCCGCCAGUCUUCAAGAAGUCCUGGUACAACUUCGACACGGAGGAAGCUGCAUAUAGCAGAAAGAUUUUGGGAAAGAUCGAAGCAAUGGAUGCAGACCAUGGCGCCAAUGCCAAUGUCUCCUAUUGGAUCCAAGCGAAGAAUUCCUCAGGGGUGCCUUUCACCGUUGGGGCCUAUUCUGGCCUGUUGAGCGUUAAUGGGCUUCUGGAUAGGGAGGCCAAGGAUAAGUACUCCUUUGUGGUGCUGGCCAAGGACAAUCCCGCUGAAGGAAAGGCACUGAGCAGCUCGGUUAACGUAGAAGUCAAUGUGCUGGAUAUUAACGAUAAUCCCCCAGUUUUUUAUGGAUACGAUGAUCUAGUGACUAACAACGAAGCCAACAUCUACACCAAUCACUUCUACCAGGCUAAGAUUCCGGUCUAUUAUGCGGCCACUUCGGAAAACAGCCCCAUAGGCUCCCCCGUCACCAGAGUGUUUGCCAACGACUCCGAUUUUUCUGGAAACGGCAACGGCCUGAUCCUGUUCGAUAUCCCCUUCCGCAAGGGGAGCGCCAGCCUGUUCUCCAUUGACUCGAAAGAGGGCAUUGUAACCACCAUAGGGAAGCUGGACUAUGAAACAGCUCGUACCCACAAUGUCAGCAUUGUGGCUUCGGAUUUGGGCUCUCCAAGUCUCAGCUCCACAGCUUUGCUUAUGAUCAAUGUUAUUGAUGUUCCCGAAGACAUCACGUCACCCGAAAGUCCCGUUUUCGCCCAUCGCUACUACGAAGUGGAAGUGGAGGAAAACGUGCCGGUUCCCUUGCAGAUCCUCGCAUUGAACGUGACCGAGCGCUACAAGGCGCACAAGCUGCGCUUCAGCAUCGUGGCCGAAAAGAACAGCGACAUCAAGCGCAUGUUCGACAUUGAUUCCAGAAACGGCACCCUGUUCAUGAUCAAGAGUCCGGAUCGCGAGAAAAAGGCGCUGUAUGAGCUGGUGGUUCGGCUGGAUCAGUACAAGGUGGGCAGGGACAUGACCGUGGUGGUUUACCCGGUUACAAAUGAGCGACUGGGAAAUCUCGGUUUGAACGAAGUGAAAGUCGUCGUGAGAAUAACGGACUUGAAUGAUAAUGCCCCCAAGUUUAUGUCCACCGGGCGUCCCAUUGUGGCCGCCAUUCCUGCUACUGCAGGUUACAGUUACGAAGUGAUGCGUCUGCAGGCCGUUGAUCCAGAUUUGGGGAUAAAUGGGGAAAUUCGGUUCCAAAUCCUCAGCAGAAGCGAGGAGGCGAAUCGACGGUUUGCCAUUGAUCCGAUCACUGGCCAAAUCAGGGCUAUCGCCAACUUCAACAAAGAUGCUGGAAAAGUGUUUGGUUUCGAUGUGAAAGCCACCGAUAAGUCUGGAGCGGAUGAUGGGCAGAGCUCGAUUGCCAACGUCCUGGUUUACGUGCUGGAUGAGCAGAAGCAGGUGGUGAUGGUGAUGGGGCUGAAGCCUACCGAAGUGGAAAGGACCAUCACUAACAUAACCACGGCUUUGCAGAACGCGACCGGCUAUGACGUUCGCAUCCGGAAGCUGGAGCCGCACAGCGACAGGAACCAUCUGGAUCAUACUGCGACUGAUAUGUAUCUGUAUGCUGUGGACCCGGCGCUGAACACUGUCCUGGAUAUGACGCAGCUCGAAAAAAUUCUCCAGAAAAAGCAGCUAGCAAUCGAGCGGCAGCUGGAAGGGCCGAAAGUGCUAUCGUUCUCCAGCGGCGCCUCCGAAAGACACUACACUCGAACCCCCAAGCUCAUCCUCUCCUCCAUAGAGAUCGGGGCCAUUAUCCUAGGAGGAAUAGUGCUGGUCGGAGCCCUAAUCACAUCCAUUUGCGUCGUUUGCAUCAAAAAGAAAAAGCGAAGGCUGGAGAGAUACACGUCCCACUUGCGGUAUGGCCUGAGCUCUUCCAAGGUGGGACUAUACCCGCCCAGCUAUGGCGACCCGAUGCGAUAUCCCGUAGGAUCGGAUCCUACUUCAGUGGACAUGCCGAUGGAGUUCACUCCAUCUCGCCAUGAUGUUUCCUGUCCCAGAUACACCGGCUCCCGGCUGGGGGGAUAUCGGGAAAAGUCGCGCAAUUCCAUGGGCCUGGAAAAAUCCAUCACCAGCCUCCAUUCCAGUGGCCACGACUCAGGAAUUGCAGACGGCACGAUGGUGCAUUCGUGUCAGUGCGGACACAGCAGCAGCAGGAGUUCGGGCGAAGAGAGCAGCAACAGCUACGAGGACUCGCUCCAAUCGUUGCCAAACAGCCGCAAACUUCGCGAUCCCACACCGGCCAUGCAUCACCACAUCGCUCUGGGGCCAGGUUUGAAUCCAACCAUGCAGCAACAGCGCCGAUCCAGGAACCGGUCCAUAACUGAGGACAUUAUGGAUGCGGGCGGAUUGCGCCAGCUCCAAACCAUGGGAGGACUCAGUCCGGGACCUUCAGGGAUUUUCGUUAAUGGGCCUUCGGCUUUGAGACGGUCCACUGAACGACUGAUGAUGGGGGGCCACAUGCACGCCUGAAACGCGCCGUUUUGUAAAUAACAUGUAAAAUGACUGUAUAUAGUUGAUGUCGAGUUAGUUACCAAUGAGCAAAGUUAAGGGGGGACAUGGCAGGAUUUUGAACUUUUGCAAUUGAUCUGGAGUUUGUUUAAUUGGGAAUUUAGGUGAAGCUGAUCCGCAUUUUCUAUCUAACUUGCUCCUGUUCAGGCCCCCUUACGAUGACUAAUUAAUUGGCGCGCAAUAAGCGAGGACAAGUAGGAUUAAGUCUCUUUGUACAAAGCAAACAAUGCCUGGACUAGAUCGGCCUACUCAGUGCAAUACUAAUAACCUUAAGUACCGAUAAACCAAUAAUGUUAUCGGAAGUAAAUAAAGCUCGUUGCAAAAAAUUGAUCGUAAAGUGGAUAAAAGCCGCCAUCGAGCCUCAAGUUGAGUGCGUUUAAGUGCUGUGUUUUCCAGCAAAAUGUGUCCCAACGCACUGUGUGCAGUUCUAGUGGUUUUCUGCUUAAUCGCAUCCAUCAAUCACCCGGUUUUAGCGCUAAACGAUACCAAUCCAGACGAGCAUGCUGCUAAAGCCAAUUACUCGGUACGGGUUAUGAAUAGCCAGGUGCCUAACGAUCAGUACCUGUAUGAGGCAGUAGGGAUGCUCCAGGUGGCUUUGGAGGUUGAGGAUGAUUUUGGGAGGGCCUUUCCCAGGUUUCUGCGAGCGUUCCAGGCGAACCACCAGAACCAAGAGUGGAAGCUGGCCGGCGGCUGCAACCUGAUGCUGCUCUCCAACCAGACCACGUAUAUUCAGCUGGAGGAGGUUCUUAGCAACACUGUAGUGAAUAUUUUUGUUUGAAUCGGUUGAAUACACUCCAUGCUUCUGAAGACCGAAGUUUUGAUCAAAUUGAAGGACCCUUAAGGUGCGCCGGAGAUAUAAAUUUGGAACCGAUUCGUUCGGCGAUUUAUUAAUCAUCUAGAUGAUGAUGAUUCGCAGUGGGUUUUCGGUGGUAAGUUUCGUGUUCUUUGCCCUGGUGCUCUGCACCAGGGCAGAUAAGGUUAAUGGGGAAACGCACUCCAUUAAACCAACGGCCGUUAAAGCAGCGAAAACACUCCAGCCCCUGGCUCCUUACUCCACAUAUUCGGUGCAUGCGGUAAGCAGCAACGUUCCCAAUGCUCUUUACACCUAUACGGCCGUGGGAAUGCUUCAGGUCUGCUUGGACGAAGAACUCACUUUCAGUCGCGCAUUAGCGAAGUUCCUACAGAACUUCCAAGCCCAGUUCACUGCGGAAAAAUGGAACCUUUCCAGUGGAUGCAAUGUUAUAAUGCUUGCGGACAAUGCCACUUAUAUUGAGCUGCUUGAGGACACCACUAACACUCAAGUGACUAUUUUUGACUAAUCUUGCGAGUUUAGUUGGGAAGCUUCCAAAUAGAGUACUUCAAGCUGAGUGAUCAACCCACUUAACGCGUCUGUUAAAUGUACCUAUUAAUAACUUAAAUUGUUGCUAAAUUUUAAUAAAAUUCAUGUUCUGUG